AUGUUAUCUCUUGCGGCUGUCCUGUUGGUGGGUCUGGCUUGCAUCAUGGCAAGCUGCAUCAUUUAUGCGGUCCACAUGCAUGAUCCCUUGAUGAACGGUCUCACGGUAUAUUUUGUAUCAUACUAUGACCCAUUACCGGAGGUGGUCACCUUGCUCUUUGCCGCGCUUGUCACCGUUUGCACAGAAUGUGUUGGCUUCGUUCACGGCAUAGCACUCCGCUCGGCACUGAUCUCCGAGAAUCGUCAUCACUUCAACACAAAUGCUCGCCUUUUCACUGCCACUAGAAAACAAAGAUGGGCUAGCCCCAACGGAGCACUGUCAAAUACAGUGAUGGCCGUCCUCCUUAUUUUGUCUUCCGUGACUGCUACUUGCAUCCUCACUGCAUUGAACUAUCCUCACCACAUUUUCGCUGUUAAUAUGGUCCCCUUGACUACUCUUGGAGUCUCCCUCAUUUUGCAAGUUUUGGUCACCAUGCUUGCGCUUCGUAUGACACCCAUUUACACGUGGAACAACAAUGCCUUUCAAACCCUUUCAAUCUUGUUGCACCGCCGCAUGAUCCAUCGGGUCAUUGGGCGAUGUAUGUGCAGUGCCUCUGAUCCUCAAGAUCAUACUCUUUGUCCGCAGAGCCCUUCACUCUCGUUACCAUCGGCAUGGCAGGCUCGCAGGGACGUGCGAAAGGUCAUAAUUCUGAUGUGGCUUCUCACUGGCGCAAUCGCCCUUUGCGGAGUAGCUUCCUUUUCGGCGGCAAAGCUCGCUAGCCCCAGCAGAUCUCAUUACGUUGUUUGGUUGUUUGGAUCAGGCAUUGAAGACGCAUUUACGAGUUUAGAAUUCUACUCGCCUUCUACACCUGUAUUGUGGAUAUUCACACUCGGGCUCCUGUUUAUCCUCCAAGGCCCACUCGCCAUUACUCUUCACCAAGCUGGGGUUGUUACGAACGUGCUACAUGAUGAACAUGUAUGGAGACGAGCAGCAACCAAGACAGGUUCUACUCUGGAAAUGAGUGUUUUGAACACCAGUACAAGCCCGUAUAAUCUACUCUUGCUCGUAUCAAAACCUUUUCUUCAUUGGAUGAUGAGCUUGGCAAAUUUUGUGGAUAUAACACCUACAAAUUUCUCAUCGCUACUCAAGGAGACGGGAUUAUAUUUCCCGCAAGGUAUUCAAGUCGUGUUUUGGGCUUCCCGUUACUGGAAUUUAAGCAUUGCCCUUGCGGUUCUCACCUCCGUCUUAACCAUUCUUGCUCUGCGUCGUCCACGGGGACUGCAGCCAUCAGCAUACGGGCACUUUCAGACACUCGCCAACCUCAUCGACGAGUGGCCCGAGGAAGCCGGAGGAAAUGAGCGCAUUUACUGGGGCCACAAGGGUGAGUACGAGGGUCCAGAAGGUCCUGACGACGAGUGGGAGAUCGGGGAGAAGUGGUACCACGCUGGGACGAGCGGCAAGCCCCUAGAGUCGAUCAAGAUGAACGCAAUUUACGCGUGA